AUGGGAAAGUCUGUUGCUCAAGUCAAAGCCGAAGAAAUUGUCGAGUCCGGUAGCUCUGCUGAAGAGUCCUCUGCCGAGGAGGAAGAGUCUUCCGCUGAAGAGGAAGAACAAGAUAACAAGCGUGCUCUUUCUGAAGACGAAGAAGAAGAACAAGUCGAAGAACGUCCCAAGAAGAUUGUAAAGGUCGAAGAAGUUGUCAAGAAGACCUUUGGUGCUGAUGGUGCCACCGUUUGGGUUGGUCAACUUAGUUACGAAGCCAAGUCUGAAGACGUCAAAGAACAUUUCAGCCAAUGUGGUGAAAUUGUCGAAGUCAGACUCCGUAUGGAUUACGAUACUGGUCGUUCCAAGGGUUUCGCUCAUAUUGAUUUCGCUGAUGAAGCUGGUAAGGCUGAAGCCAUGAAGUUGGAUGGUUCUGAAUUCAUGGGUCGUACCAUCAAGGUCGAUAAUGCUACUCCUGCCAACCCUCGUGUCAAGGAUACUAACUUUGGCCCCAAGACCGAUACUGUCUUCAUGGCCAACUUGGCCCACGGUUUAGAUGAAGAUGCUAUCCGUCAAGCUUUCGAAAAGUUCGGUACCAUUGUUGGUGAUGUUCGUUUGCCUGUCAACAGAGAUACUGGUAAGAUUCGUGGUAUCGGUUAUGUUCAAUACGAAAACGCAGAUCAAGCUGAAGCUGCUGUUUUGGGUAUGAACGGUGUCAGCAUCGAAGGUCGUCCUAUCAGAACUGAUUUCUCCGGUGGAGAUGAUAGUGCCAGAGUAGGUGGUGGUCGUGGUGGUCGUGGUGGACGCGGUGGUUUCGGUGGUGACCGUGGAGGCCGUGGUGGUUUCCGUGGUGGACGCGGUAGCUUCGGUGGUGACCGUGGAGGCCGU